AAGAACGGCACGAAUUAUUUGCUCCAAAAUACGAUACUAGAACAUAAAACUGAAAAUCGUUUAUAACUAAUAAAUUACGAUUCGAAUGUACGAAUAAUAAUUACAUGUACAUUGCUAAGGGUGUCUGUCAGGUUUUUCAAUCGUAAAAGUGCAAAUAUUAUGGCUUUGACACUGUAAAAUUUAAUUUUUUACGAGAGCUCCUCAUUCGGAGCUACUAAGAACACGUGUUUCACUUGUGCUCAUUGUAAAUAAUUAUUUAUUCGCAAUGGAAGCUCUCCAAGAAAUAUGCGGAUUCUUGCGUUCAGAAUCACGAUUGGACCUAAAGGCAGUUGCUUUGCAGCACGUUUUGAGUGUAACUGGAUCUGCCGAGGGUCGUGAACUACUGCUAAAGUUGCCUGACUUAUUAACUCAGUUAAUUGUCCUAAUGCAGGACUCGUCGACAGCUGUUUCCAAAGAUGCAGCGUUGGCAAUAAUAAAUAUAACAGCAGAAGAAGCAGGAACCAGUGCAUUCCUUGUAAUCUCAGAAACCCUGAAGCAGAGCCAUGAUCUUAAAUACAAUUACAAUUUAAUACACGUCUGUCUUAGAUUUAUAAUGGACAAGGAAAGUAUCUUGGCUGAUCCGUCCUGUAUGAUACUCUCGAACAUGACCAGGCCAUUGCAUUUAGUGGACAGAGUAAUUACGCUCAUCGAAAAUAGUGGCUACUCGUGGGACACCGUUGUGGCUGCAUUCACUGCCAAGCAGUAUAAUAACACCGGUGCUAAAUUGCAUUACCUGGGUCCUGUGUUUAGCAAUCUCAGUCAAUCUUCUAGAGUCAGAAGAUACUUAAUGGAUAAAGACCGCAGUGUCAUCCAAAGACUACUACCGUUCACAGAAUACGCCGACAGCAUAGUCAGACGAGGCGGAAUUGUCGGCACGUUGAAAAACUGCUGUUUCGACGUUGAAAACCACGAAUGGCUGUUAACGCCGGCAGUAGACAUCCUGUCUUAUCUUUUGCUACCCUUAGCUGGUCCGGAAGAGUUCGACGACGAGGAAAACGACAAGCUGCCGAUUAGUUUACAAUAUCUGCCGGAAACGAAGACGAGGGAGCCUGACUUGGACAUCAGGAUAAUAUUGCUGGAAGCGUUAGCGCAAUUAUGCGCCACGAAGCACGGCAGAGAAGUUUUAAGGGAGAAGAACGCUUACGCGAUACUCAGAGAGUACCACAAAUGGGAGAAAAGCAGAAACGCCCUUUUGGCCUGCGAGAACGUCGUGGACAUUCUAAUUAAAACCGAGGCGGAGAUAGGUUUAGACAAUUUGAAGGACGUCGAGGUCCCGGCCGAGUACACAGAGAAGUUCCAUCGAAUGGACGAAGACUUUAUUAAUAGUACAUGAUACUGUAGAAUGCCUGUAUAUAAUAAACUUAACGAAUAACAA